UGACGUGGGAAAGAGUGACAGACUAAAAUACAGACAGAUAUAAAAUCAAAAUCCGCUCCUUUAAUCCGCAAAACCAAAGUACAAAAUACCCUGCAAAUCCUAUCUCCCCCUUCUCUUCACACAGAGAGAGAGAGAGAGAGAGAGAGAGCGAGCGCUGGGGCAUGAGAGCGAUGAUUGUAGGAGCCUCAGUAGGAGCAGCGCAGCCACACAGGGCAAGGUGCUCCACGUCCUAAGAAACCUCCCCGAUUGCCAAGGAGAAGCGGUGCAUGCGUCUCCACGGCGGAUGGUCCAGUUUCUUGAAGGAUACGGAGGAGGAAUUGGAAAGGAUCAAAAAGAUUUCAAUUUGGGCCGUUCACAUGGUCCUGUGAAAAGGGGGCAGUCCUGUUGGCUGUGAGUAUUCGUCCAUCCACAUUUGUUAAUUUGGUUUCGGAUUUGGAGACCGGAGAGAAUUCCAUCUUGGUGCUGGUGGCGGCGCGUUUUGGGGGUUCGCAGUUCGCUGUGAAGAAACGGAGGAUCAGAAGGGGGAAAGAGCACCUUCUGGGUUCCGAGAUUGCUCCGGGCACACAGGUCUUUCUUGCUUGCAAGAUUCUGAAUUGCUGGAGCCUGAAAGUCUGAAACUCCACGGCGUGGCCUGCAUGUUUGCUCUGCUCUCUGCUUUUCUUUUGCGUGUUUAGAUCUUUCUGAGAUAUUCCCUUCCGGCGUGCCAAGUUUCUCGAUUUUGGACGUGAAUUCCAAGUCUGGAGGCAUCCUGUGGAAACCGAGGAAGCACGGCAAUUACAAGAAGGGUUUCUUGUUGGGUUAUCCGACCAUUUCGAUCUGUUUCUGCCGGCCUUCAAUAAGUUUCUUUAUUGCUCAAGGCCCGGAGGUUGGAUUUUGAGCUCUCUCUGAUAUUGGUGCCAAGUUUCAAGAGGAGAGCAACCGGGCACAUACAAGGCAAUUCAGAUGAUUCAGCAGGUCGUUUCCCAAGAACAGUGGUAGAGGCACCAAGCUUCUUGUUACCUGGCGGCUUCUCUCAUCAAUUACUCACUGGUUAACUUGUCUGAAGAGAGAAAUUAGAAGGUAACUUUAUCUGACCAUGUUGUCUUCCAGCAUGGAAAAUACAAGUUACAAACAGCGGAGCAAGACCGAGAAGGUUCAGGUUGGCUGCAUGUCAGGGCUGAUCAGCAUGUUUCACUUUCGUCGUAGUCCAAAAUUUCUUUCAGACGGGAGCCGUCGAUUUAGUAGGUAUUCAGUUAGAAGUGACAUAAAAGGUUCUGAAGAUUUCAAUGGAAUUAUGGCUGCUGAUAGUAACAAAGACCAUGGGAUUAAAGCAAUUCAUGCCGGGAGGGCAAGUAUUAAAGCACUGAUGGAAGAAGAGAUGACUAGUGACACACAGCCCUUGAAGCAAACACAAAAAAACACACUUGUGGAAUUCUCUAAUGAUGUGAAGUCAGUGAAUCUGCAUGAAGGAUCUGAGAUUGACCUAAAUUUGGCUGCAAGUCUCAUGGAAAUAUACAGAAGCCAUAAUGAAGGUCAAGACAGUAUCGAUUCGGUUGGAUCGGGUCAUAAUUGCGAUUCGAUUGAUCAAGAGAACAAUACUGGUGCGGGUGCACAUCCCAAUCGGAUCCCCUCUAUUAUUCAGAAAGCACUAGAAGAUUUGGCCGAAGCUGUAAUAAGCCAUCAAUCUGCGAAUGCGAAAUACAUAACCAGCAGUGGUGAAGCAAGGUCCAAAGAACUAGUUGAUGCACUGCAGCUGCUGAGCUCAAAUAAAGAGUUGUUUCUGAUGCUUCUUCAAGACCCAAGCUCUAGAUUGUUACAAUGCCUCCAGAACCUUUACACAUCACUGGGAGGUCCGAUGUUAGAACUGGCAGAGUCUGAUGAAGAAACUAAGUUGCAAGGGGUUUCAACAUGUAAAAUGCAAAGAACGCAUAAUUCUUUCUUGAUGGAGGAUAAAUUAGUCAUGAGGAAACCAUCAAAGUUAAAUGAUAGUUCCCGUGGCCUUAGCAGAAUAGUAAUCCUGAAGCCAAGUUCUACAAGAAGUCAGAGUAGUCUGAUCUCAAGUAGUGUAACUUCUUCACCACUAUCAAAUAAUACUAAUCUGCAAGGUCAGGAAGAAAGUGAUAAACCUGCUCACCAUUUCUCUCUUAGAGAACUUAGAAGAAGGCUAAGGCUUGCCACCAUGAAUAGUACAUUUGAGAAAGCUGAUUCACUCAAGCAGUUUCCUGUGGAAAGCAUGUCGAUAAGUUCAGAAAGUACAGAUUCUUCUGACUGUGAGAUAGCUAAGCAACCAUCCAUUGUCGAGAAGGAAACAAACCUUGAAGAUAGUGGAAAUGGCAUGGGAAAUGAUGCCACUCAUGAUGUUGGCUCUUUCUCCUAUGAAAAAGCUAAGAAGCAUAUAAUUGAGAAGCUACAAAGUCAAGAUGAAGACAGUUCUCAGAUUUUAUGUAAAUCAGAAUCCUUUGGGAGAUUAAUUUCAUAUCCGGAGUAUGACACAUUUUCUCCCAGCCGUUGCCCUCAAGAGGAGGACACAAGCAUAUUACCAGAAGCUUCAGACUCAUUAGCGUUACAAAUUAUUGAGCAAGACGCUGAACCAACAAUCCAACACCAGGAGACAAUAUCAGCCGACGCAAGCGUUUUAGCUAACAAACAGUUGGAUGAACUCGGGACAGAUCAUGGCAGCCAUCCAUUCAAGGAGGACACUAUUUCUCAGGAGCUGACCAAUGAAGAUGUUGAAAACAAGCAGGAUGCAGUGAAAAAACAACAACUCUGUACCGAGGUCGAAAAUUCAUGUGAAAGCUUAGAACAAAUAAAUUCAGACCCACUUUGCUUGGAGGAGCGACAUCACGCUAAUGUGUUGGCAGAAGUGCCCCUGUAUUCUCCUGAGGAGCAGAACAAUCGUAGUCCAUCAGCAGUUAUUGGAUUAGCCAAGCCAUCCAUAUUGACGUUUGCUUGCUUGUCAGAGAAUGCUGAUGAAAAAGAGGAGAAGCUGAGUCCACAAUCCGUUCUAGAUUCUUCCCUAGGAAGUACUAGUCCUAGCCACAAAACCAGAAAGCAAGAUGAGUUGUCCAUGCCUAGCUCAAGAAUUCUUUUUGAAGAACUUGACACUCCCUCGUCUCCGACCUUGCAGAACAGACCAGAGAUAUCAGUUCUUUAUGAUAAAUAUGAAAGGGUUUCCUUCAUUAAAUAUGUGCUAGAAGCUUCAGAAUUGUUGGCCGAUGGAAGUUCGGAGAGGUGGUAUAUGAAUGUGUUAGUGCUUGAGACAUCUGUUUUGGCAGAAGUAGGAACAUCAUACUGCCUGACGGACGAUGUGGUUCUUCUUUUUGACUGCGUGGAAGAAGUUCUUCUUAGGAUAAGGGAUAAUUUCUUUGGUGCUGAUCCUUGGGUAGCUUUCCUGAAACACAACGUGAGACCAGCUCCCCUGGGAACGGAACUCGUUAAAGAGGUGGCUAAGUGCAUCGACUCUCUUGUCAGUACUGAAUUUCCAAAAACAUUAGAUCAGGUGGUCCUGAAAGACUUAGAAACUGGACCGUGGGUAGACCUACGAUGCGAUACUGAAAGCGUUGUUAUUGAGGUGUGGCAUGGUGUGCUUGAUGACUUAAUGGAGGAGAUGAUAUUUGACCUGUGGCUUUAAGAUUGUAGAGCUUUGUAGUUGUAGUCAUCCAUGAAGCUACAUCCGACCAAAAUUGAAAAGGAUUUUAUAGAUAAAACAGUGUUUUCUUCAGAAAAUGAUGAAGAUUCAGCAAUGUUCUGUUAAAAGGAGAGAUAAAGUGAGUAUGAUAGAUUUUCAACAGAUUAUAGAGUUAGGCAUUUCAUCAUGAUUGGAUUGGAAUUUCAUUUUCCGGAUGUAGUGAAUAACAGUUUUUUCGCAGCACAAUAACUGUGUCCUACUGUUAAUAAUACUAUAAUAUAAUCCUGAAUGGAUUUGGUCACAAACACCAGGAAUUGUUCUGUUAUGUUUUUUUUCUUACUUCCUGUUCCCUGUAAAGAUGUUGAAAAUAGGAAAUAUAAGCUUUGUUUAUGCA